AUGAGAUUAAAUACUUUACCGGAUGUUCUUUUCCCUAAUCCGAUUCAGCAUCCAAAUUACAAGAUAUCAUUCUUAUAGAAAGUCAAAGAAGAUAUUAUGAAUGUAUUAACAUGAAAUAAAUAUAGAAUCAAUUAGUAAAUGAACCACGUAUGAGCAGAUAAAAUAUGACAAUACGUUCAUUAAAGAGAGGAUCAAUCAGAGUUGUUAGUGCAUCUAUUGUUUAAUCUCAAAACAAUACACAAACUAAUUUUAGAUCUGGGUCUUCGAAAUUCAAAAUGAUUAAGGAGCAUUCUCAGAUAGAAGAGAUGGAUGAAACAUUUUCUCGAGCAAGAACACCUUCUCAAUUAGUAAGACGAUAAAAAAGAGGAUUAUCAAUGUUUGAUAAAUAGUUUUGA